AUGCCUUCGCCCUGUCUUCCGGAGCUCCGCAGGAUAUGCGUGUUGGACGAUGGGCGGGCGAAGGCCAUAUUCUCAGACAACACCAUUAUCGUUACCAAUAGUACUGGGAGCGCUUUCAUCAUCAGGACGCAAGACGGGCACUUGAUGCGCCAAGUUAGUGAAUACGCUCUUACGCGACACUGUCCCUUGCUGGCCGCGGUCCUCGAGUUCCGUAACAUGCACGUGGACUUGCCAUGCUUCUGUAAACCUUUAGCGCGCGUCCUGCGGUCUGGGUUCACCCUGGGGUAUGUCAUUCGGGACGCCACAUGGCCCACCCCGUCGCAUGCAAUUGCAGAGGGACUAGCUCAGGUACAGCCAGACGGCAAGGUAGCUCUAAGCAGCGAGGAUGGCGUGGCACAGAUCGUCUUGCACAGGCAUCAGCGGCGCUUUGCAGUCUGCUACCCACUUCUUGUGGCGGAGCGGCCUCAGGAGGGGCAGUACGAGUAUGUCUGGCAGACCCAAGUCUUCAGCGUGGCUAGCCAUCCUCCGCGCUGGCGACCCGCCGUUCUCGUCGCUUUGUUCGUCGCUGAUCAGCUACGGCGAAGAAUCCCCUCUCCAUUCCCAGGCUCAGGCCAACCUACCAGCCUUACUCAAAUGACCCCGGAUCCCGGCUGGCUGGGCGAUCUAAAUGCCGGUGCCCACCCAUCCGAGAGGGCCUUACUCUGUUCCACCGAUGCCGAAGGCGUCGCCAGCGGCUCGGCUGCACCCGCAGACCGCCGCAGUGCACUGCCGAGUGCAGACGAUUCUGUCCGCAGCACCCUUACCGAGCAGAUACGAACGGACAACUGGUGGGUUGACCCAUCGUUAUCGUUCAUGCCGCCGGACGACGUGCUUGUGUUCGAGUGGACGCCGCACGCAACUUAUCAGUUUUUGCCUGAGGAGAACGAAGUCGAGGUUUGGGUGCAUGCCGACGAGUCGUGCAUGGUUUCGAAACGUGGCGGCAGGUUUCUGGAGCAUUUCAAGGACGCUGGGGAAAGUGGGUCGCAGCUGUAUGCGGCCAGCUCCGUUCCUGAAGCAGUGUGGAGCCGGGAUCAGACUUAUCGUUAUCCUCUCGGAGCCCUCGCCACACAUGCGCUGAAAGUCAGGGCACACAAUACCACUUUGACAGCGGCCAAAGCAGCAAGAGCGCCAGCAGUACUCAAAGACAGCUCGGUGAUAGGGCCUGAUAAAGUUACUUGCGACGCCUCGGGUGACGAUUUGUUUGCCGUGAUGUCCACUACCAUCAUCGAGGAACGCGGUGUACCGGGAUACGGUCAGUUCACAGCUUACGAAGAUGGGCGUGUGCGGGUUUGUUUUAAGGACCGCACUAUCCUUCACAUGUCUGCGUCACAGUCACACUGCAAAGUGCUACUGCCAGACGGGAAAGCAGUCGUGGUUGCCGUUGCAAAUCCUGUCGGAGUGGAGCUAUACGUAGAAACAGCACUGGAGUUCGUACACUGGGCUUUCAGAACUCCUGAGGAACGAGCGGAGGAACUAUGUAUCCAGGCGCGUGUGCAUGCAGAGUUGGUUAAUUCGCAGCGGAUGGCGCGGGUUUGCGAGUACUCGGCGAAAGGUACUAUGCCAAUCGCUCGGGCCCAACCUGAGUCCCUGGCAGGUGUAUGUACGGUAUCAGACACCGUAGCGGAUCGUCGGAGCAUAGUUGAGAAGUUGCUUAAUGAAAAUGCGCGCCUUCUGCAAAAGCUGUGCGAAGAUGUGUAG